UUUCGAUACAACCCAGAUCUAUUCCUGCGGCUGCCCCUUCCGGGGUGGGGGAGCAAUUCUUGGGUCUGGGGGCUGCCGAGGCACUGCAGGUGACCAGCACACGCCUGCUCCUUUAUGUCGCAUCCGUUCUGUCUCUGUACCUCUUCAGCUCCUGCACCCAGCCCCGGAUCCCUUCCCAGCCCUACUCUGGUGUCCUGGGUAGCUUGAGGACACGGAGCUGGGCAGAUGCCGAGAGCCCGCCGCCUCUCUCCCUCCUACCCAUUCUCGCCGCCUGGCCCCACCCCGUCAGGCUGAGCCACUAGGCGCCCGAAGCGGGGCCUCCGGCAACUACGUGUGGUCUUAUGCUCGGCUUGCGCCUGUCUUCUGCUCCAGUUGCUUUCCCAGCCGAGCAGAAAAGCCGGGGCGGCGGCGGCAUGUUGCCCGGGCCCUGGGAAGCUGGGCUGUUAGGCACUGCCGCCUGAAGUCUGUGGGUGCGCCUACCCGCUCACAGGCAGUCCAGUCACCCACCCGACAGGCCCCAGCCAGCCCGACGGAAGCCCGCACUGACAUUACAGGGUAAAGGGGACCAGAGGCUGCUCAGCGAUCCUACUACGACCCCAGCCCCUAAUAGGGUUUUGGAUGUAACACUGAAUUGGGAAGUUCUUAUUGGCUUACAACUCUGCAACUAUCAAUAAAAAGUUACAGGAAGUUACAGGGCUUGAGGUUAGCUCUAGAAGACUUGGAAGUGGGGUUGUUGGGGGUAUGUGCCUGAUCGAAUGUAUGUGUUUAGAAACCUAGCACCUGGUGCAGUGCCUGGCAACAGUAAAACCCUCAAUAAACUUUUGUUGAAUGAAUGAAAAGGUAGUGACUGUGGGAGCAGAGAUAGAGAGGGCUACUCUACUCAUCCCACCCCUGCCUCCCCUGGGCUCAAGCAGACAAAAGUAAUUAGGUUGAGCCUUUAAUCACAGCUGAUUUCACAGGUGAACAAGGAAGAGCAGGGAAAGGCAGAAAUCCUGGGAACACAGGGUGCUGGCCUGGCUCACAGGCACUGCCUCUCUUUGGGACCCCCUCCCGCCCCCACAGCUUGGCUGUCAAUAAUCUGUUUUCUUGUCUCCCUCAGGACACUGGGUUCAUGAGCCGCCCCAGGCUUAAUGAUUGUCCAGAAAGGGGCUAUAAAGGGAGCCUGGGAGGCUGGGUGGAGGAGGGAGCAGGAAAAGCCUAACUCAGCAGAUCGGGGGCACUGAGAGAGCCACAAGCAGGAGCUGUGGUCAGAGGCUCGGUGUCCUGGCCAGUAGGGCCUGCUGGCUUCCACCAUGGCAGCCCGAGGCUACGGCUAUUAUCGCAUUAUGAUCUUUUCGGCCAUGUUCGGAGGCUACAGCCUGUACUACUUCAACCGCAAGACCUUCUCCUUUGUCAUGCCAUCGCUGGUGGAGGAGAUCCCUUUGGACAAGGAUGACUUGGGGCUCAUCACCAGCAGCCAGUCAGCAGCCUAUGCCAUCAGCAAGUUUGUGAGUGGGGUGCUGUCUGACCAGAUGAGCGCUCGUUGGCUCUUCUCUUCUGGGCUGCUCCUGGUUGGCCUGAUCAACAUAGUCUUUUCUUGGAGCUUCACAGUGCCUGUCUUUACUGCUCUCUGGUUCCUCAAUGGCCUUGCACAGGGGCUGGGAUGGCCCCCAUGUGGGAAGGUCCUGCGGAAGUGGUUUGAGCCAUCUCAGUUUGGCACUUGGUGGGCCAUUCUGUCAACCAGCAUGAAUCUGGCUGGAGGGCUGGGCCCUAUCCUGGCAACCAUCCUCGCACAGAGUUAUAGCUGGCGCAGCACGCUGGCCCUUUCUGGAGCGCUGUGUGUGGUUGUCUCCUUCCUCUGUCUCCUGCUCAUCCACAAUGAACCUGCUGAUGUUGGACUCCGAAACCUGGACCCCACCCCCGCCAAGGGCAAAAAGGGCUCCUUGAAGGAGGAGAGUACCUUACAGGAGCUGCUGCUGUCCCCCUACCUGUGGGUGCUCUCCACUGGCUACCUUGUGGUGUUUGGAGUCAAGACCUGCUGUACUGACUGGGGCCAGUUCUUCCUUAUCCAGGAGAAAGGACAGUCAGCCCUCGUGGGUAGCUCCUACAUGAGUGCCCUGGAGGUUGGGGGCCUUGUUGGCAGCAUCGCAGCUGGCUAUCUGUCAGACAGGGCCAUGGCAAAGGCAGGGCUGUCCAUCUAUGGGAACCCUCGCCAUGGCCUGUUGCUGUUCAUGAUGGCUGGCAUGACAGUGUCAAUGUACCUCUUUCGAGUAACCGUGACCAGUGACUCCCCCAAGGAUUUUGCUUUCUGGACUCCAGCUCUUCACCCUCUCGCUGAGCUCACAGGCUUUAAGGAACAUGAGCUCUGGAUCCUGUUGUUGGGAACUGUGUUUGGCUUCUCCUCUUAUGGUCCCAUCGCCUUGUUCGGAGUUAUAGCCAACGAGAGCGCCCCUCCCAACUUGUGUGGCACUUCCCAUGCCAUUGUGGGACUCAUGGCCAAUGUGGGCGGCUUUCUGGCUGGGUUGCCCUUCAGCACCAUUGCCAAGCACUACAGCUGGAGCACAGCCUUCUGGGUGGCUGAAGUGAUCUGUGCAGCCAGUACAGCUGUCUUCUUUCUCCUACGAAACAUCCGCACCAAGAUGGGCCGAGUGCCCAAGAAGGCUGAGUGAAGAAAGUGCAGGUUCCAGAGCAUCCUCUCACCUGUGACCUUUCACCUGCACAGGGUGAGAAGAAGAGGGACGGGGCUAAGCUGGCUAGCACUGAACCUGACUUCCUUUUUCUGUUCCUUGUCCCUAGUCCUGGUGGUGCUGGAAUUUAUUAGUGGUUAAUGAGGUCCCAGCUCCCCAUCCUACGCUCUAUUUAAAAGACAACCUUUGCUCUUAGAUUCCAUUAGCUCCUAUUUUCUGCCUACAAACAGGAAAUCCCUGCAGUCAAGGAGUCUCCUAUACCCUUCUCUCCUGGGCCCUGCCCCCAUCCCACACCAUCCCCACCUGAGGUGAGGUCCUCCUGCAGCUGCAGGACACCAAUGACCCCUGCCUUCUGUCCUAAGGCCUUUCAGCAGGGGGCAACUGCUGCCAAUACCUCAAGGCUCCAGGGGAAGAGAGGAGGCCAACAUUCUUACCAUUACCCUGGGUACAAUAGGGGGGUAUGGGUGGGAGAGUGGGAAGACUUGUUACAGAUUAAAACUAGAUUUGAUACUCAA